AUGCUUAGAAACGUUUGCCGCCCGGCGAUGAGACGGUCGUUCCACCAGACGGCCUGGAUGAGUGCCAACAAGAAACACGACGUUGUGGUGAUCGGUGGCGGUCCCGGUGGUUACGUGGCGGCCAUCAAGGCUGCACAGCUGGGUUUCGACACCGCGUGUGUGGAGAAGCGCGGCCGUCUAGGUGGCACCUGUUUGAACGUGGGGUGUAUCCCAUCCAAGGCGCUGCUAAACAACUCGCACCUGCUGCACCAGAUGCAACACGAUGCCAAGCAGCGCGGUAUCGACGUCAAGGGCGAGGUCACUGUGAACAUGCCCCAGUUCCAAAAGGCCAAGGACACCGUUGUGAAGCAAUUGACUGGCGGUAUUGAGAUGCUCUUCAAGAAAAACGGCGUCACCUACUACAAGGGUCUGGGUACGUUUGAGAGCGAGAGCAGCAUCAAGGUGUCGCCCGUCGAGGGUCUAGAAGGCGCUGUCGCCGAGGAGACGAUCCUUGAGGCAAAGAACAUCAUCGUGGCUACUGGGUCCGAGGUGACGCCGUUCCCUGGUAUCACGAUCGACGAGGAAAGAAUCGUCUCCUCCACCGGUGCGUUGUCGCUAAAGGAAGUGCCAAAGCGCCUGGUGGUCAUUGGUGGUGGUAUUAUCGGCCUGGAGAUGGGCUCCGUGUACUCCCGCUUGGGUUCCAAGGUGACUGUGAUUGAGUUCCAGCCUCAGAUUGGUGCCACCAUGGACGGCGAGGUUGCCUCCACGACCCAGAAGUUCCUAAAGAAGCAAGGUUUCGACUUCCACCUGGGGACCAAGGUUCUUUCUGCUGAGAGAAACGGCGACGUCGUGGACAUCAAGGCUGAGAAUGUCAAGACUGGUAAGGUUGAGUCUUUCCAGGCCGACGUCUUGUUGGUGGCCAUCGGCAGAAGACCUUACAUUGAGGGCCUCGGCGCGGAAAACAUCGGUCUAGACGUGGACAAGCGUGGUAGACUGGUUAUCGAUGAACAAUUUAACACCAAGUUCCCUCACAUCAAGGUCAUUGGUGAUGUUACCUUCGGUCCUAUGUUGGCCCACAAGGCCGAGGAGGAAGGUAUCGCCGCCGCAGAGUACAUCAAGCACGGCCACGGCCACGUUAACUACGGCAACAUUCCUUCUGUUAUGUACUCCCACCCUGAGGUCGCUUGGGUCGGAAAGACCGAGGAGCAGCUAAAGGAGGCCGGGAUUGCAUACAAGGUCGGUAAGUUCCCCUUCAUGGCCAACUCCCGUGCCAAGACCAACCUUGACACCGAGGGGUUCGUCAAGGUCUUGAUCGACGCCGAGACCGAGCGUCUCCUAGGUGCCCACAUUAUCGGCCCUAACGCAGGUGAGAUGAUCGCCGAAGCCGGUCUCGCCCUGGAGUACGGUGCCUCUGCCGAGGACAUCGCGAGAACCUGCCAUGCUCACCCAACGCUUUCCGAGGCCUUCAAGGAAGCCAACUUGGCCGCCUUCUCCAAGUCUAUCAACUUCUAA